AUGGCGAUACGACGCGAUCGUAACCUAGUGCUUAUACUCUCUUCCACCUUCCUCCUCCUCACGUUGCUGCAACUCCGACCCGCUGUCGCGCAACCCAAUCCUACGUCGGAAGUCCCCGUUCCAUCCUCCGACAAGCCUACCGUCCCGCCUCCCGCUCUUGUGCCGGAGCCGAAGGUAGGUGUUCCCGCGCCCGGCAAUGGCAGCGCAGCGGUGCCCGUAACCCCACCCGGAGCAGUGGAAGCGGGGAAGAAAGGGAAUGGCGCAGGCGCGGGCGGCGGCGGAGGCGUGGCCGUGGGGAAUACUAUGAAGGGGAACAACGAUCCGUGGUCUCCGGCUAUGGUGGCUAACUACGGGCAGCUGAUCCGCGCACUGAACCAGCGCCGGCCGAUCGUGAUCGUUGAUACAUUCUACCUCAAAGGCCCCAUGCCUAACAUCACGUGGACCGUUAACAUCACCGGACAUCCGCGCUGCAGGCAAUCCGAGCUGGGCAUGUGUCGCAUAGACGCGCGUCGCCGCAGUCGUCACUUCAUAGUGGAGAAGGGCGGGCAGCUCGUGAUCUCCAAUCUGCAGCUCAGCCGCGGCCGCCCCAUCUCCGGCAGUGGCGGCUCCAUCUGGAUCAUGAACGGCGGCCAGGCGCGCCUCGACGGCGUCUUUUUCCGCUUCAACGGGCUCUACGGCGUGACGACGGCGGGUGGCGCAGUUGAGGUGGACGAGGGCGGCGCGCUGCACUGCCACCGCUGCCACUUCAUCCGCAACUUCGCGGGGUUCGGCGGCGCGGUGUCGCUGGCCAAGGGCGCGGAGAUGACGGCGGACGCGAACGUGUUUCACCGCAACAUGGCGUCGACCGCGGGCGGCGCGGUGAGCGCGAUCAUGAAGGCGACGGUCAACCUGCACCGCUCCAAGUUCAACGCCAACAGCGCCGCGGUGGGCAGUGCAGUGCACGCGUUCGACUCGAGUCUCACCCUCUGCCAGGCCAGCUACUACAACAACAACGCCUCCAUCCCUGGGAGCGUGUUUCUGGCGAGCAGCUCGAGUGCAGUGACAGCGUGCAACCUGCACAAGGACUCGCUGGUGCUUGAAACGGGCUCCACGCUCUCUAAUACGGCGUGCACCACAACAUGCGGCAGCAGCAAGGGCACGCUGGGCAAGCACAGCAGGUUGUCGCCUGCAAUGGCCGCCGCGCCCUCGUCGCAAGCCUCUCAGCCUCCGAUGGUAUCGGCUGCUGACGUGGCAAAGGAGUUUAAAGAGCAAGUUGAGCUACUCCAAGACCAGGAUGCAGGAAAGGCAGCGGCGGCAGCAGCGGCGGUGAUGAUUCUGGCAACGAGGGAACAGGCGCUGCUGCUGCUGCCCUCUGCGGUGCCACCGCUCAUCAGCCUCCUCACGACCUCAUCAGACAUUCACGUGCGGCGCAAUGCACUGGCGGCCCUCACAGCCCUCAUGUCCCGCUCACAGAACCUGCACUCUACAGUCGCCAGCACGCCAGGCAUUGGACCGUUGGUGGUGGGAGCACUGAAGGAGGAGGUGGGUUUGCGCAUUAACGCUGCAGCCUUCCUCUCCAACUUGGCCCAGGAUGCGGAGGGAGUGAGUGUCAUCACAUCAAGUGCGAGUCAGGAGGCGCUUGUAACUGCACUCCAAGCAACUGACAACACCGACCAGAGCAGGGAGGCACUGGUUGAUGCCAUGUGUGCCAUUGCAUCCUCCUCUAAAGAAGCAGCAGCUCUCCUUGUCGCGAAGGGUGCAUUGGAGCCGGUAGCAGCUUUGCUGCCUGCGCCACACUCCGCUGAAGUGCAUGUGCGAGCUCUCAUUGCCAUCGCCGUCUUGCUACCCGCCAGCCCUGAUGCGCCAUCGCGCCUCGCAUCAGUCCAAGGCGCACUCCCCUCCUUGCCAGCUCUUGCCAGGUCAAGUGACCAGGAUGUGCGUGUCAUUGCUGCAGAUCUCUUCACUACCAUUGCAAAGCACACAGAAUUACGACCUCUGCUCGAGCAACAACUACGGGCCAAGUAG